UGCCACUCCAUUGAGCAGGAACACCUCUUAAGCGAAGAGUUUUAUACUCUUGUACAAGUGGGAAAGUUUUCAUCUGUGCUUCGCCUGGGGACCAGAAGGGUUUAGCUGUGGUGCUUGUUGAACGCUGGGCAUUGAUCAGGUCAGAGUGGGAGGGCAGCAGGCGGGAUCAUAGGACCUCAAGUGAAAAGUUUAUCUUGGCGCUGCACUUUCCUCAGUGGUUCAGGAGAACAUGGCCUCUCUGUGAACUGAAGAGGCUCCGUCACUGACUGACUCUGGAUCUGCACUGCUGUAGGAGAUGAAAAUUAUCAGGCUUCUCUCCUGUUUUUUUCGAUAGAACUGAGUCGAUAUUCGUGAGCCAGUAUGGGGGACUGGAACUCGUUGGGGAAGCUUCUGGAGAGUGCCCAGGAACACUCCACCGUCGUGGGCAAAGUCUGGCUGACAGUGCUGUUCAUCUUCCGCAUCCUGGUGCUGGGAUCCGCCGCCGAAAAGGUGUGGGGCGACGAGCUGUCGGGCUUCACGUGUGACACCAAGCAGCCCGGUUGUCAGAACGUCUGCUAUGAUAAGACCUUCCCUAUUUCGCACAUCCGCUUCUGGGUGAUGCAGAUCAUCUUUGUCUCCACGCCAACGCUCAUUUAUCUGGGCCACGUCCUUCAUCUGGUCCGGAUGGAGGAAAAGGUGAAGCAGAAAGAGAAGGACUUCGCCUUGCUGAGUGAAAAGCAGCAGCAGAUGGUUAGCACCAAAGCCAAGAAGGCCCCAAUUAAAGACAACCAGGGCCACGUGCGCUUGAAGGGCGCAUUGCUGCGAACCUACGUCUUCAAUAUUAUUUUCAAGACCUUGUUUGAAGUGGCCUUUAUUGUAGCUCAGUACUUUCUGUAUGGUUUUGAGCUCAAGCCGAUGUACACCUGCGACCGCUGGCCUUGCCCCAAUAGGGUGAACUGCUACAUCUCUCGACCCACUGAGAAGACGGUCUUCAUCAUCUUCAUGCUGGCCGUGGCCUUCAUCUCCCUGCUACUCAACCUGGUGGAAAUGUACCAUCUAGGUUUCAAAAAGUGCCACCAGGGCCUCCGUUACAGACGAGCCCAGGCUGCGGGUGAGGCUUCCAAGGCCCUAACUGAGGCAGUCAUGCCCUACGUCCCGAACUAUAACUACUUUGGUGGUCAUCCUGCAGUGCCUGAACCCUUCCCCGCGGAGUCAAAGUACAGCAUGGCGGAGCCGAACUCGGCCUACAGUCCCUACACCAGCAAAGCGGUUUACAAGCAGAACAGAGACAACAUGGCUGUGGAGAGAAAAGGUAAAGCAGAGGGAGAUGAUGUGAACGAGAGGAAAAUCUCCAGCCCUGCCUUUGAGAUGUCCAUUGAAAACCAUCGCAGAAACAGUCAGUCAAGCAAGCACAGCAAUAACAAGAGCAGGCUGGAUGACCUGAAGAUCUAGGGACCUUCUGUUUCUAUCCAAGACUCAGGAACAACAUGCAUUUGCCUGUGAAAAAUAUUUGCAUUAGUAUGGAAGACUAUUAGGAACAAAACUAUUGAGUGACCACAUAACAGAUUAUCAAUUUGCAAGUCAAGAUUUGCGAGCGCACAGGGACAGAUUUGUAAAAUGUCAGAGGCCAUUACAAACAACGUAGCAGGAUGGUCAGAAUGGCGGCCAUUUUAAUGUGCACCAUUGCCAUUGCAACCAUUGUAGCGGGCUAAUUUCUGUAUAAACUAAACCUAGUUACGGCAAGUCGCGGACUCAUUGAGGUGAGAUUGUACAGUAACGACUAAAACUAGCAGUGGAGUAGUAACGUUACGAAGCAUAGAGAGACAGACUAAAUGAGUAAAAUUUCACAACAUAAUGCUUCAUCCACACACAGGAAAGCGCAUUGUUAUUGCCAAAUGACAGUUGUUCGGCUCAUUUUCUGUAACCAGUGUAGCAUUAAAGCAUAGUGGAAUUAUCAAGAUAGCAAGCUAACUAAUGUAGCAUUAAAGCUUGGUAGGAUUAGCAAGCUAGCAAGUUAACUAGUGUAGCAUUAAAGCAUGGUGGAAUUAGCAAACUAGCAAGCUAACUAGCGGACAACUGGCUAGUUAGCUAGCUCUAACACUGAAAAUGAGCCGAACAGCAGGCUGGUGGCCAGUGGCAGCGUUGGGUCUAACUGUCCCUCCGCCUCACUUCCUGCCGCUCCGAAGAAUGACAAGCUACCGGCGAGCUUCAACCAUACUUUACGGCCCCAUUGACGUGUUUUGUGACCAUAACAACUAACAACAAUCGCCAUUUUCUUUUCUACUAGUGAAAUGACCAUGGAAAACAGUUCAAUGCCUAUUCUACUCCUAUUCUAUGGGACAUACCCAUAAAUGGCUCUUAUGGUCAAUAGCAUGAUGUUACUUAGAAGGCAGGGUUAAAUAUGGUGACACUUGAAUACAUUUUACUCUGCUCUCACCAUCAGUUUGCAUGUGAUGGAUACAACUUUGAAAAUUAUAAGCAAAAGAAGCUGCACUUCUCACUCAAAUCACAAUUUAAUUAAUUCCUCAUGUGGCAUCGAAUCAUCAACUACGCCCACAAUUCUUUGAUUGUACUCAAAAAACGUCCUGUGUCUACAAAUCUGUUCUUGCAUUUUCUGAGGUGUUGACUUGCUAAUUAAUUAAUAUUCAAAUUUCUUUUGCACUCGCUCAAUAGUUUUGACAUUAACAAACUUCCAUAUUUGUGGGUGAUAAAGAUACAGAUAACUUGAAAAUUGUUUUGUUUACAAGCAAUUUACUCACUAAAACUGUGAGACGUACAGAAAAGAUGUCAAAACAAAAGCAAAAAGCUGUUAGACAAAAAUGAACCUCUUACUUCAGUUGGAAUAUGUGAAAUGUUUGGGAGACACAAACUCCUGCUUCCAUUGAACAUUUGCUUUUAUUAAUCAAAAAGUAGAUAUGUUGACAUACACAAACAUUCUUUUGUUGUUUACUUAUUUGUGACUGUAAUUUGAUUAAACUGAUGUGCAGCAAAAGAGUCGUCUGUCAACUUUCAUGUUCCAAGUCAGAUAUCAGAUCUAUUGUGAUCAUCAAGAGGUCAAAAAUAACAUCCAUUUCUUUCUCAUCCAUCAUAAAAAAUGUCACAGAUAUACUCUGGCUGUAUUUCUUCUACUUGCAUGCAGCUUUUCCACAACACACGUGAUAAAAACUGCAGUCAUAAAAAUUUAUAAUUUAUCCUGCAGCUCAGCAAAUGUCACAGUUUCAGAGCCAGACACCUCUUAUAAGAUGACU